AUAAACGACAGAAUGGAUCUAAUACAACGUCUAACAAGUGAUUUCAAAAUAUUAUGUCAUGCUUUAUUAUUUCGAAUUUCGUUCAAGCGUUCCGUGAAAUUUCACCUGAUCUAAUCAGACAACAAGUAAAGUACAGGUAUAUUACUAGAUAUGUAUUAAUAGAAAUCAAUUUUAAAAAGGAAUAAACUCCAUAAUGAAAUAACUAAAUAAUCGCAAAAAGUCUAUCAACUCACAAUGGGAUUACAACAUAUAAAAUUGAUUACAUUCGAUGUAACUAAUACUUUGUUAAAAUUCCGGGUACCGCCUUGGCAAUAUUAUGCCGCUGUAGCUCGGAAAUAUGGAUAUAAGGGCACAGACGAAGAGGUUGAUGAUAGAUUAUCACAUAACUACAAUAUCCUAUUGUCAAAAUAUCCUAAUUUCGGUAAGUGUACUAUAUCCUGGGAGGAAUGGUGGCGACAAGUUGUGAAGAGAACUUUCGAUGGUCAUCUUCCAGUGAGUUCGGAUGUAAACAGCGUUGCCACUGAACUAAUAGAAGAUUAUAAAACUGCAAAAUGUUGGAGUGCUGCUGAGGGAAGCGAUAUAUUGCUAGACAGCAUUCAAAAAAGGGGAAUUACCGUUGGCAUAAUAUCUAAUUUUGACCCUCGCCUGUAUGAUGUACUUGGGAGUAUUGGGAUAAUUAAUAAGUUUGAUUUUAUUGUAACAUGUUAUGAAUUUGGCUUUAGUAAGCCUGAUGCAAAGAUAUUUAGACAUGCCCUGGAAAGGUGUAAGCAAAGUGUGAAGCCAUCAGAAGCCCUUCAUAUUGGAGAUGAUGUGAAGACGGACUACGAAGGAGCGAGAUUAGCUGGGUGGCACGCAGUGCUCAUAUCAGAUGAUAUUAAAACUGAGAAACCACCAGCACCAAACCAUGUGUUCGAUAGCUUAACUAGUUUAUAUUUAGCUUUAGAAAAACAAACACUUGUGUUAUAAUAGUGUAAGUUAUAAUAACAUUAUAUCAUUGUUUGCACCUAACCUUACUUAAGUACUAGUAUAGUGUCUUAAUUUUAUCUGGCAUAAGUAAUAAUAAGUCCAUCUCAUAUUGAAAAAUCUCACAUAAUGUUAUUAUUUUCUUACUAAAUUGGUAUUACAUAGUUAUAUCUUAACUGCUGAAAAUAACACUAUUCAAGUACCCAGUUUCUUAUUUGUUUAAUCCUCUUAAUAAUUCUAAAAAUACUCCAACGCCAGUAUUUAAAUAUAGUUUUGAACUGUUCAUAUUUUUAUUUUAUAUAAAAAAAAAACUAACAGAAACAUUUUGCACAGUUCUAUAGAGUACUAAUGACCAUUCAAAACAAAAUCAAAUCAUAUGUAUUCGCUUGCUACAUGGUACAAUAAGAAGUUACAUACAUAUACAGGCACACAACAUGCAGCACCCCGCGGAGGUAUGCACAUGUUAGAAUGGUUUUAAGUCUACAUUAUAUUACAAUUGUACAGUCCAAACAUUUUCCAAAUUACAAUAUUCUCUAUGUAAAAUUAUCAUAUAAAAUUAUGGUUUAUAUUGUAAGUAAUUGUUUAAUACAUUACAUCUUUUAUUACAUACAUUGUUUUGUCAUUUAAAUAUUCAAUAACUAUAACAUGUUAUGACUUGCAUGACUAUUCCAUCUUAGAUUUUUAUAAAUAAGCUGUUGUGUGUGUUUUACAUGGUAAAAAGAGAGAAUAAAUUAAUAAAAAAAAAAAUUAAAAAUUAUUAACAUGUUGACUGUCAAUUAACUAUGAGAUAACUCAUAGAUUGCCUUUUUUUCUAGGACACCAACUAUGGGUUAUCUUAUCCUGUGUUUACUUGCCAUUUUUAUGCUACUACAAAUAAACUCAAAAUAUAUCAGUGCUAAUAUUGAUAGAUGGCUUCUGGGAAAAGAACAAACAUCAAUGCUAGCUUGAUUGAACAGAAUUUUUUUUUAAAUAACAAACCAAAAAUAUAAUUAUAAAAAUUCAUUAAAAUUCAAUAUAUAAAAUAAUAUUUUAAUGUUUCUUUGUUUCUUUUUUUAUACUUUUUGAUGAUAACUAUGCACUAGAAUUAGUGUUUUUACCAGAGAGAGACUUUGUACAAAAGUCGAUUGCUUUGGUACCUCUGUCAUUCCAUUCGUGUUUCAACCGUGAAGCAGUUGUGUUUGCAUGGCUGUAUUUCGGUUUGAAGGGUGGGAUAUGGCGUGAAUUUACAGGGUACAGAGGAAUAACACCUGAGUCCUCAAGAAUGGCAACGCAUGGGGGGUAUCAUGGGCAAAACAGUAUACUCUGUUAUAUCCAUGGUACUGCUCAUGUCUAUAGACGACAGUUACCACUUUACAUCAGGUGGGCUAUCAGCUUGUUUGCCAUUCUAAGUGGUAUAAAAAAAAAAUGUUUUUAAUAAUAUAAUAAGAUUAAAUCAAAUUGUCGUUUAAGUUCAGAUUAUUAAAAUUUCUUGUGUCACUCAACAUGUUAACUACAUAAUUAUUAAAAAAUAUUAUAUAAUAUUAAAAAAAAAAUAUUUAAUAUGUUUAUAAAUAUAUUAUGUGUGAUAAGACAAAUCAUGUAUUUGUUAUAGUUUGUUACAUCUGAAAGUGUUUUUAAUUAUUGCAUAAAUAUAAAAAAUAUGUUACUGUAUAUACAUUUACGUCUGUAAUUUUAAAUACCAUUGACAUGGAUGGGAAAUUCUCAAUUAGGAUUAUAUUAUUUUUGUGAUAAAAAUAGCUAAUGUAGUAGGAUAUAAGCAUAUAAUAUAAUUAAAUAUUUCAUUACACUGAGAUCACUGACCGCAGCUUCAUUGAAGAUAUAUGUUUGUCAAGUGUCAACUCCUAUAAAGUUGAUAACAUAAUGAAAUAUGUUAAUACUCACAUACCUCAGAUUUGCUUUUAUUUUUUAUCUUAUUUGUCAUUAAGACCAAACAUUAAUUACUUUAUGUAUUAAAUGUAUUUAAUAUGUGUAUACAAAUAAAUGGUUGAUUCAAUA